GUGAGACAGUUUUGUUCGGCCGUGAAGAAUGUUGGUGUUUCUGCUUCUCUCUCAUCUAUCCCUCUCAGGUGCCGUGCAGAGUGGCAUCUUUGGGGGUGGUGAGGCCAAGCCCCACUCCAGACCCUACAUGGCCUCACUGCAGAUUGGAAGAAGUCACUCAUGUGGGGGAGUGCUGAUCAGGGAGGACUUUGUGCUGACUGCUGCACACUGUCUUAACCCCAGUGUUCGCCUAGACAGUGUAGUGCUGGGUGCCCACAACAUCGGUAAAAAGGAGAAGAGCCAACAGCGUAUUGGCAUCUCUGAGUUCAUCCCUCACCCAAACUACCCCAAGAAGAAGCUUAGUGAUGACGACCCCAGGGCUUUCCAUCAUGACAUCAUGCUGCUGAAGCUGCAGACCAAGGCUAAACUGAAGAAGAAAAAAGUUGAGGUGCUGCAGCUCCCUGACAAAGUGGGUGAGAAGAUCCCGGCAGGCGUGCAGUGUGAGGUGGCAGGAUGGGGGAGAAGAUGCUUUGGGAAGCCAGCAGAGAGUGUCCUGUAUGAAGCUAAAGUCAAGCUGGAACAACCAGCAAAGUGCGAAAACAAAUGGGAGGAGUAUUAUGACCAGGCCCAGAUGACCUGCAGUGUCUCUGACGGCAAAGAGGGAUUCUGUCAGGGUGAUUCUGGAGGUCCUCUCAUCUGUGGAAAGGGUAAGGCCAAGAUCCUGUAUGGACUGACCGCCUACAACGAAGAGCCGUGUGACACCACAGAUAAACCAGAAGUCUACAUGAAAGUGCCCCAUUACCUGCCCUGGAUCAAAAAUGUUCUCAGUGCGAAUGAUGCUCUGCAGACAAAAACUUAAUAUUAUUUAAGCAUAAUAUUCAUGAUUGACUUAGAUAUUCCAAACACUCCUUGUUGACCUGCCUGUUGGAUGCUGAUAUCCAUCUAUUCGGUUAUCCAUUCCUUAUCAGUAUAAAGCUAGCCAUUACAUACAAUAUGACAUGAACCAAACGAAUAAAGAAAUGAACCAAGUCAAUAAAGC